UGAGAAUGCGGGAAAAAAAUAUGCGGCAUCUGACAUUAUCUGACCUCUAUCUUAACGUACAACCUGAAAUUCGUUCAUACUUUAUGGUAUUGAAUUAGUUUUUUUUUGUUGAUAAAUAUUUUAUUAAAUUUGGAAAAUAAAUCUUUCCUAUUUUUUGUCGUGUUUUACGAUAAUUGAGCUCUCAGUAAAGAAUACUCCACAAAAUAUGGAUUUGGCAUGGUUCUUUUAUUUAAACGUUGCGUUUGUAUAAAUAUUCACAAAGAUUCAGCUAGCUUUGUUUAUAUAAUCUUUGAUAAAAUAUUCCAACUAAGAAAAGAAACGUAUAGUCUUUUUCCAAAAAUCAAGUUUAUAUCGUUUUCAAAUGAAUGAUUUUUUAUCUUUAUGCGUGCCUAUAAAAACCUUACACGGAUAAACUAAGAAAACAACUCUCGUGUGAGCUGCACCAAAGCCAUCCCCCCGAUGCUGACAUUUACCUACCCAAAAGUUUCUUAACAUUUUACAUAAAUUGUUUGUAUUUUGGUAUGUUAUUCCAAUUCAUAAAUGUGUGUGUAUAUAACUGUUCAUAUAUUUAUUAUGUCAAAGUUCUGUUUAGCCAAAAAGGUCUAAAGAGAAAUGGCAGAAUAUCUUUGAUUUUGCUAAACGUGUAUUGGUUAUAUAUAUAAUUUAUACUCCAUUCAACUUAACAAUGCCCGAUUGAUUUUGGUUGGGGUAGAACCAAAAUGUGAUUAAGACUUUAAUAAUUUGCUAAAUAUUCUAAUUAAAAAUAAAAGAAAACCUUUAGUUGUGUGUGUUUCAAACAAAUCUACUAAUUGAAAUGGUUCGUAAUGUGUAGCCUUUCUUUACUAGGUUUGGUUUUAUGAUGACAGCUGAAAAGUAAACAUUUGCUUGCCCAAAUUCAGAAGUUGUAAUAUUUAAUCUUCAAAAAAAAAUUGCUUUUCAAUGGUACAUAAUGGUUGCCGUUAUGUUCUUUCUUACCGUGUCUAGAACUUAAGAUCUUAGCCUUUUUUCUUUCAAGAAUUAGUUACAUAUAUUAUUUGUCCUUUGUUUGUUCAACGAAAGGUAUAGUGAACAUUUCUUAGCAAAUUAAAAGUUGACCGAAAGAAAAAACUUUUCUUAAUAAAGGAAUAAACUAAAAGACAUUAUAUGCCAUGGACACCAAAACCCGAUCCGAGAACCCAUCCAGUCAGGAGAGGUUUGGGAGAAAAAGUAAAAUAUCAGAGGCCACAUACACUUGUGGCUGAAAAUGGAACAAAAUGCUGACGUGUUAUCCAUUUCACUUGUUAAAAUGUAUCUAAAUCUCAAAUCUCACGAUUUACCGAAACAACGAGACCCUCACCUGAACAAACAAAAAAAAGAAAAUAAUGCAGGAAAGUAAAGAUCAAGAGAUUAAGCUCUUCGGCAUGAAAAUUCAUCUUUCAACGGUUCUUGAGGCUGAAGAAGAUGGAAUAUCGGCAGAAAAGAACCAAAAGGAGACAUUAACUGAUCAAGUGGAGAAAGACAAAACAUUAAAGAAACCUACCAAGAUUAUUCCCUGUCCAAGAUGCAAUAGUAUGGAAACAAAGUUUUGUUACUAUAACAACUACAACGUAAACCAACCUCGCCAUUUCUGCAAAGCUUGUCAAAGAUACUGGACCUCUGGUGGGACCAUGAGAAGUGUCCCUGUCGGAGCCGGACGACGCAAGAACAAGAACAACUCAUCAUCUUCUUCCCAUAACUACCAGCACGCCACCAUCUCUGAAACAGAUGGCCCGGUUCUUAAUUUCACCCAUGGGGAUGAUCAAAAGGUCUCAGAUAAUAGGUUAAUGCAUUCGUGGCCAUACAUGUGGAAUCCCGGGUUUUACCCGGUUUACCCUUAUUGGAACGUUCCAAUGUUGUCUUCUUCGCCUAAUUCAAGUCCUAAUUCUACUCUUGGUAAGCAUUCAAGAGAUGAAGAUGAGACGAUCAUGCCAAAACAGAGUUAUGGGUCUGUAUUGGUCCCUAAGACUUUAAGAGUUGAUGAUCCUAAUGAAGCUGCAAAGAGUUCUAUAUGGACAACACUUGGGAUCAAGAACGAAGUUAUGUUCAAAGGGUUUGAUUCGAAGAAAGAGGUUAAGAUUAGCAAAGAAGAAACUGAGACUUCUCUAGUUCUCUGUGCGAAUCCAGCUGCGUUAUCAAGAUCAGCCAAUUUCCAUGAACGGCUGUGAUCCUAUGCAUACUAUAUAUAGACCUUUAUGUGUAGAUGUGGCUUACAGUUUCUUUUUCUUGCUGAUUGACUUUGUAUUCAUAGGCUUAAACAUUUUUGUAUCAUUACUUUUAAAUUUCUAGUUCUGUUUAAGUUUGAUUGUUGUUGUA